AUGAAUUUGAAAGUAUGUGUGUGCUUACCUUUCUUCUGCUAUCCAGAUUCAGUUGUCAAUCCCAAGAAAAUGAUUUGCAAUUCUAUCGGCAAUGUGAUCAGUUCCAUAGUCUUUGGACACCGGUUUGAAUAUAACGAUCCAAUGUUUCAACUCAUCCAAAAGGCUGUUGAUGACUACUUCAAUGUUCUCAGCAGUCCUAUAGGAGCGAUGUUUAACAUGUUCCCUCGAAUUGUUUGGUGGUUUCCAGGCAAACAUCAUAGAAUGUUUGCCAUCAUAAACCAGGCCAAAGAUUACAUGCGGGCGCAGGCAGAACUUCGUCUUAAGAACCUGGACACCUCUGACCCUCAGGACUUACUCGAAGCAUUCCUAAUUAAAAUGCUUGAGGAGAAAGAUGAUCCCAACACUGAGUUCUGCUAUGACAACAUGGUGAUGACUGCAUGGAACCUGUUUAGUGCUGGAACAGAAACAACAUCUUCCACCUUAAGACAGUCCUUUCUGAUGAUGAUGAAGUACCCUUCUAUUCAAGGGAAAGUUCAGAAAGAGAUAGACGAUGUGAUUGGCUCAAAAGUUCCAACUGUUGAUGACAGAGUUAAAAUGCCCUACACGGAUGCAGUCCUCCAUGAGGUCCAGAGAUUCAUGGACCUCGCCCCCACCUCUGUCCCCCACAAAGUAAUCAGAGAUACAGAGUUUCACAACUACCUCAUCCCAAAGGGUACCAUGGUCUUGCCUCUGUUCUCCUCUGUGCUGUGUGAUCCUGAACUGUUUCAAAACCCAGAUGAGUUUGACCCAGAGAACUUCCUGGAUGAAAACGGACGCUUUAAGAAAAAUGAUGGAUUCCUCGCUUUUGGAUUGGGGAAGAGGGCGUGUCUGGGAGAGGCUCUGGCCAGAAUGGAGCUGUUUCUCUUCUUCACCUCCCUGCUGCAGCGCUUCACCUUCAGUGGGACCCAACCCCCAGAGGAGAUCAACAUCAACCCAGAGUGUGCCAGUUUUGGUCGCAUGCCAUGUUCCUAUGAAUGCUACAUCAAAGUCAGGAACGUGGAGUGACCACCUUCCUGUCUGGAGCAGUAACUGGCUGGAUGUUAGCUGCAUUUUCCUUUUACAUCUUUUCAUUGUAGAAAACUCUGGAGGUAGUUUAGGGAAUUGCAUCUUACCAUAAUCUACAGUUACAAUCUCUAAGGUAUGGUUUUAUAUUUCUAGGUUAAUUUGCAUCCAAAAUAAUUCAUUUAAAAGCUUUUUUUAAAGAUUGUAUCUCACCACUGUCAGUCUAGUACUAUCCCUCCCACGCCGAACCAACCUGGACUAGCUGAAACUACACUGGUUGGUAAGGGAGGAGGUAGAGGACGCAAGUCAUUUAAUAGUUUGAAUUAAGUCUUGGAAACAUUUGAGGCCGGAUUCUACAGUGACUCUUCAAGCCACUUUCAUAUUGUUAGUAUAUUCACAUUUGAAUUGCUUUGCAAAUCUGUCGGCAAUGUGAUCUGCUCCGUCUUUGGACACUAGUUUGAACAUGAUGAUCCAAUGUUUCAACACAUUCAAAAAGCUGUUGAUAACUGCUUUCGUGUUCUCAGCAAUCCUAUAGGCGUGGCAGAAUAACUUUUCAAAUCAUUAAAUAGAAUCUUCAAUUGCUGCCAGUAAGAAAUUGCCAUAUUGAAGGUUUCUCAUGUAAAUUUUUACAAAAUGCAUUUGGGCUAACCAAGCUAAUGUUCUGACUAACAAAACACUGCCUUUCCUACAGUUGUACAAUUUUUUCCUUAGAAUUGUUGGGUACCUACCAGGCAAACACCAUGAGAUGGUUGCUACCAUAAACUAUGCCAAAUAUUACAUUCGAAGGCAAGCAGAACUUUGCCUUAAAAACCUGAACACUUCUGACCCUCAUGACCUAAUUGAAGCCUUCCUGGUUACAAUGUUAAGAAGUAGAAAACAUGUCAUGAUAAUCACUUUGGAAGUUAAUCAUACAUAUUUUGCAAAUAUGGACUGUGGUGUGAUAUAAAUGACCAUUAUAUGAAUUAAUUUAUUUUCAGAGUGAAUCCACUGUAAAUCCACAGUGCGUUUUGCAAUAAUUAGCGCAGUAUGUGGAAAUGAAAUCAACUAGCCACCAGAUGUCACAGUUUGCUAGCAAGACUGAUGGUUUAUGCAGUCUUUUAUAUCCUCUUAGGUGAACGAUGAAUCCAACACUGAGUUUAGCUCAUGCUCACUACACCACAUUAGCAGUAUUGUUUAGCAGUUAGUCGUGUGCUUCUGGUCAACAUGCACUACAGUCUAGGUAAUCUACUGUAGUUCUUAUCUAGGGUAAGGGUGUAUUAGGUGGGGUGUUUCUUACUACCUAAAAGUGUAUUAGGUGAGUUCUGUUCUCUAGCCUUUUUUGUUUGUAGCAUUUAGUGUUGUUAGGGUGCUUUAGCCUCAUCCUGUUUUUCCAUUUAUUUUGGCUACUUUUUGUUUUUCAUUUAUUUUGGCUAGGUAUUUGGGCACUUGCCCUCUGUAGCCUUUUGUUCAGCCUGUGUGAUCAAUACACCACCUACACCUGAGCCUGAGCCUGUGGCUCGAGUCUGUUCCAAUGCACCCUCUGUGACAACUGGAGUGAUAAUUCAUUUAGCCUGUUUGGCAGUCAUAUCUGUGUUUGAUUACUUGUUGUGUACCUGUUUUGGUAACUUUUGUGUUCUUUUGGGUGAUUUCUGGGAUUCAUUUAUUUUGGGACUGUAUCUAAGAUUGUAGGGACUAGUUCUGUUCAACAUCCACUAAGGCACAUCCUUGAAUGUGUAUCCCGACACCAGUUGGGUGAUGUAUGGCCAGUUUGUGAUGAUCAGUUUCCAUUUAUAAAUUUUUUCUUGCUCAAAAGUACAACCAGGAAAGCCCGAUGAAAAAUCUAAAGAUGCUUUAGUUUAAGGCAGUGAUUAAAUACUUAUGUGAAGUGAAUCUGAGUGUUAUAUUUGAAGUGGAAACAGGUAGAAUAAAGAGGUGUAGCCUGGAUCAAGGAAGGCAAUCCAUCUACAUAUUGACAUCAGGUACUUUUGUGUUUGUUUGGGUUACUGUUUAGAAACUGUUUAGUUUGUGUUCACAUCCCCAGAGUGUGCCAGUUUUGGCCACUUGCCACAUUCCCAUGAUUGCUACAUCAAAGUCAGGACCAUGGAGUGACCACCUUCCUCUCUGGAGCAAUAACUGGCUGAAUGUCAGCUGCGAUUUCCUUUUCCAUCUUUUCUCUGUAGACUACUGUUGAGGGUGUUUAGGGAGUCGAAGGCAUCUUACCAUAAUCAUUAAGUACAAUCUCUAAGGUAUGUUUUGGCUAAUUUGCAUCCAAAAUGUCUUUGUCAGUGUUGUACAGUACAUCACAGCCUCCCUAUUUAGUGAUGGCCAAAUGAGGCUUCAUUAGCGUUAUUUUAGGCGCAGGAUAUUAUGCUGGUAGCAUAAUUUAUUUUAAUUUUUAUGACAAUCAAACACAUAUAUAUUAACAAAACAAUGUGGGGCAACCACACAACUCAUUAAAUAAUAUUUUAACAGUGUUUCUAUCAGUGAAGUCAAGGCUAGAAAUAAAGUGGAAAAGUUAGUACUGCCUUUGAUUUCAACUUUAUUUUGAUGCACUGUAUGAUAGUAUUCCUUCAAUCUAUAUUAUGAACCCAAAUAAAAAUUAAAUAUGUAAUCAUGCAUACAUUUUUCAUAGUGUAUGUAUCUUUAUCUCAGAAGGCGGAAACCCCCUCUCACCAGACAAGAGGAUCCCCUUGAUUCUGUCCUUAUUUAACAGGAUACAACAAAUAAAGACUUAACUCUCUAUCCCUCAGCCCUUGAAUUCUGCAAUGAUGUCUGCUCUCACCCUUCCUCUACUCACUCUACACCAACUACUGUACUUCCAGUAAUGGAUCUCUCAACCUGUUGAAGUAGGCAGAUGACAUCACUCUGGUCCAUGUACAGAGACGUUGACUGCUUGGUGGCCUGGUGCCAUCAGAAUAACCUGAGACUUGAAACAUCUAACAUUCAUCUUCAGGUGGUUGUCUUCAGGAAAGGCCCCCCAACCUCCACACAUUGAGAGUUCAGCUGUUUGUUCAGUUGAGUGCUUCAAAUUCCUUAACUUUGCUCAUAUUCCU